CAUAUACAUUGGACGUCAUAUUCUAAUUGAAGACUGAUCAGUGUGGGCUAGCAAAUAGCAAGUGAGGACGGAAAGUGUAUAUCACUAUCAGUUGGGUAAGAUAAUAAUGCAGAAUAACGCCUCGACAAUAACGAAGGGGUUUCCUCAGCUGAGUAUAAUCGUCUAGCGCUAAACAGACUAACAUACUAAAGUUACAAUAGGAUGAGAGGGAUGAAUUCAUGUUUUUAAGUAAGGUGUUCCUUUGCAAAAGUGGGCAUUUAUGAGCAAAUGGACUUUGGAUAUGUUUGAAUCUAUAUUUUGCAGAAGCAGCGAAGUUAUGUUUAACCCCUUGACUACGAAAUGGAACUUCUUCAGCUGAAUAAAAUCGUCUUGUGGGAUAUCGGCUGUUAGAUAACGAAAAAGACUCCGUGUCCAGGGUGCUUCCUAACACUACAUUAAACUCCUAACAGUAGCUGGCAGCUGGUGUUCUUGCCCUCAGGGUCCUGGUAAGAGUAUCGUGUCAAUGUCCCCAGGAAAGUGGUGGUGUGUGGCGGCGGUGGUGUGGAUAAUGUGGAUGAUGAUGUACCACCGCCUGGCCUUCACCACCACCUGGAGGCCCUGGCACCACCUGGCCUCCAACAUCACCUGGACACUUCAGCACCACCUCCCACCCAAGCAAACCUUCACACGCAGUAACACGUCUCACGCAACGUUUACCAAAGAGUGUUACACUUACUCAGGAGUCACAGCUCGUAACACCUGCUGUAAAUUGCACGACUACAGGGACGGUCUAGACCUUCUGAACUGUAUUAAAAGUUCUUAUGUUGAUCACGUCCUGCAUCAGAGACAGAAUAUGUCCGAGGUCGCAGAGUUGUCCUGGUUCAGCAUGAUCUCUCAGGCCAAGGAGCGAGUCAACGCGGACUCAGUCCACCACAGCACCGAAGGUGUUCACUGGGCCUUGGUGGGCGACUCUCACGUCCGAUACAUCACAGAUGUUAUCAUACGUCGCCUGGCCACCACUGGUCUACAGUAUACUGAACGCAGUUUCGAGGGUGUAUGGCACGAGGUGUACAAGCUCCUCAACUUGAUGCGCAUGAGCGUAUAUACUGAGGAUUUAGAAGUUCGUCAUAUGGUGGUUCCCUUUUACCUGACCUGGUACCGGGACACCUUCCUGCAGCGACUGCCGGAGCUGAUAAGACAAUGGGAGGCAGGGGAACAGCUCAAGCCAACACUUCUCAUUCUUGAUUGUGGUCUUCAUUGGAUGGUAAGAAGUCAUAAGAUUUCAAUGGAGUUGGGAGAGGAGGCAGCGGCGGUGCCUUAUAAGGAGCAACUGAGGUCUCUGGCGCCCCAGCUCACCCGUCUGGCCGCCACCACCACCAUCAUCUUCAAGCUGCUGGAUGACAUACCAGCUGUCCAUGGCUCACACUCCGACAAAAACUGGCUUACCCUCAAGAACCUACAACUAUACAACUCCAUAGUGAGAGAGUCGUUGGAGGGGACAGGGGUGAUCCUGUGGGACAGUACACUCCCUCUCUCCCAGGCCUACACGAGCGAGUGUGUUCUGAGGCCCAAGUCGUUGUUUCCAUCUUACUCGUGGAAGUGUUUUGACGAGAAUCAUGUGGGAUACAUCGUGGUGGAGCAGUACGCUGAUAUGAUCCUUAAUGAUGUUUGUAACAAGUACAUGAACCUUAAACCUGAGUACUGUCCAUAGUGAGCUUAUUACUAUCACACUAAGAUAUAUACAGGGGUAUAUUGUUCCUGUGGCUGAGUAACUCGUCACCAAACAUACAUGUUGUACAUUUUGGCAACUGUGGAAGAUCUUCAAGUAGAACACGAGCACACUUACCCAGGAACACCGUGGGUCUCUAUCACAACAGCAGACCGGAGGGUUAUACGUACUUACUGGAGUUGUGAAUGACGCCUUAUAAUAAUUGUGUGGGGGAUGGUGGGAGGAGCCUCGCACUGUGUGGGGGAUGGUGGGAGGAGCCUCACGUUGUAUGUGGGGAUGGUGGAAGGAGCCUCACGCUGUGUGGGGGAUGGCGGGAGAAGCCUCACACUGAGUGGGGGAUGGUGAGAGGAGCCUCACACUGUGUGGGGAUG